AUGGCGCGCACGGCCCCUGUGGAGCCCUUGCUGCGGCAUCCCGCGCCCCCCUCGCCAGCCACGGGGGAGCCCCGCACCUCGGCCGAGGCGGCGGCGGCCCCGCGGAGAGUGCUGUUCGCCGACGAGGCCCUGGGGCUGCCGCUGGCGCAACUGCGCCGCUACCGGCCGUGGGGCGGGCCCGGGGCGGGCAAGAUGGCGGCGACCGGGCAAGAUGGCGGCGGCGGCGUGGUUGACGAGGACGACGAUGGCGAGGAUGGGGAUGAAGGGGAGGAGGAAGAGGAGCCUUGCCCCGAGCCCUCGCCGCAGUUCCCCAUCCCCGCUGACCGGGGGUUUUAUCUGGUGCCCACAUUUUCGCUGCCGCCCGCGCUGGGCCGUCUGGAGCGCUUGGGGCGCGUCAUGGUGGAGCUGGAGGCGCUGCUGCCGCCUCCUGGAGCAGUACCCGGGGGUGCCGGGGUGUGGGUGCCUGGGGGGCGCCCGCCGGUAUUGCGCGGGUUGGUACGUGUGCUGAACCGCUCGUUCGAGAAGGCGGUGCACGUGCGGGCUUCACACGACGGCUGGGCUUCCUUUUACGACCACCCAGCGCGAUAUGUACCGCGCAGCCCGCCGGGGGCAGGAACGGGAGGAACAGCACCAGGAGAUCCCAUCCUGGAUCCGGGCCUUGGCCUGGGCCCUGGCCAGGUGUCUGCCUCCUCGCCCGAUGACGGCGGCCGCACUGACCGCUUUGCCUUCCAGCUGCCCUUUGCUGAGGGCGCGGGCGAUGGGGCGCGCCUGGACUUCGUGGUGCGCUAUGAGACCCCUGAGGGCACUUUCUGGGCCAACAACCACGGCCGCAACUAUACAGUUCUACUCCGGAUCGCACCCGCUCCCACACCCACUGAUGCCGAAGGGCUGCCCCAGCAGCAGCAGCAGCUGGAGCCACAGCCUGAGUGCCAGGGUCCGGUGGAGGCUGAGGCCAGGCAGCUGAAGAGCUGCAUGAAGCCGGUGAGGCGCAGGCCUCACGAGGAAGAGCUGAGGAUGAAGAGCAUAGAUGGUAAUGUCCCUGCUGUGGCAGAGUAUCCUGAUGUCCAGGAGUCAGUGGGUCCCCUGGUGGCCCCCACCCCUCUACGUCCAUGGCCCCAGAUGACACUUCAGGUUUCUGAAGUUACAGUGACUGGCAACUCCCCAGAGGAAGGUGACAUCCCCAGAAGCAGUCCACCUGUGGCUUUCACAGAGGUCCCCCAGGCACCAGCCAUCAGGAUUCCCCCCUCCUCCCCUCUCUGUGGCCUAGGUGGCUCCCCCAGGGACCAGGCCUCGGGGCCUGAUGCGAGUGAGGGGGCAGCCGGGCCUCUCCUGGAACCCAGCCAGCAGCAGGUGGAGGCAACAUGGGAAGUAUCCAGUGAGAAUGGAGGGGGCCCAAAGGCCCCCAUGGUGGGGGCUAUUAUGGAUGAGCCCCUUGGGUAUCUGGAGGUCAUGAGUGGGCUGGAGGAGCUGGUUGGCGAGGACACCAUUGACCAGGAGCUGGAGCAGCUCUACCUGUCCCACCUGAGCCGCCUGAGGGCUGCUGUGGCUGCAGGUGGGGUAGGGGGUGGUGGGGAGGGCCCCGCAGAUGGGGGGGUGUUCCCCAGCCAUCCCUUGGGCAUACUAACAGAUCGUGACCUGAUUUUGAAGUGGCCUUGCCCUGAGCGGGCCCUGAACAGUGCCCUGGCUGAGGAGAUCACACUGCACUAUGCCAGGCUGGGGCGUGGUGUGGAGCUCAUCAAGGACACCGAGGACCCUGAUGAGGAGGGGGAGGGCGAAGAGGGGCUCUCCAUUACACCCUCCAGCCCUGAAGAGGACACCCCCAAGGAAUCGCCUCCGGAAAUCCUCUCUGGGGCCCGUUCUGUGGUAGCCACUAUGGGAGAUGUGUGGCUCCCGUGGGCAGAGGGCCCGGGAUGUGAUAACCCUGUGGUUCUUGGUACAGAGGGCCAGUUCAUUGGGGAUCCAGAUAAGGGAAUGGGCAAGGACACCAACUCUUUGCACAUGAAUAGGGUGAUAGCUAGGGUGACCAGCUCCCCAGGGGAGGCCGUGACAAAAAUCCUGAUGGAGUCUACCACUGAGUGUGCAGACAGCUUGGUUCCUAUAUCUGUCAAGGAGCCAGCUGCUCCAGUCCUUAGGCAGGGGCAAAAACCCAGCCUCCUCGGUCCUUUGGGGGCUGCAGUCUGUCCUUCCAGCCUGGCCAGGCCCUGCAUGAGCUCCCAGGAUGAAGAGGGUUCAGGCCCAAGUCUCAAGCCCCAAAAGAAGUCUCAUGCCCUAGCAGCCCCUGCAGAAUGUGUGUGUGUGUUGCCUCCCCAGCUACGAGUGCCCUUGGCCCAGACUUUGGGGGUCUUGGCUGGGCUGGUGGUGGUCCCUGUGGCUCUGAACAGUGGUGUGUCCAUCCUGGUGCUUGUGCUGUGCCUCUCUCUGGCAUGGUUUUCAUAGGGGCUGCUUGUGGAAUUGGCAAUAACAGGCUUCCCCCUCAUUGGGGCCCGGGAAGAGGACAGCACCUGCACUAUCUCCAGAGGGUUGAGAUGGGAUAUUUGGCCUGUGCAGUGAGGGGGCCCUGAUCCUUUGCUUCUUAGAGAGGCCUCCCUGUCUCUGAAUUCCAAAGUCAGCACAGGGAUCCCUGUGGUGAUACCAGUGGAGAGGAACAGGGGACAGAUAGAUGGUAUGAAUGAGAGAAACUUUCAGAAAUGGAACUGGGCAUGCCUCCCCUCCCCAAGCCUGUAUUUAUUUUUGUAUAAUUCUCUGGACAAGGGAGAGUGGUCGUGAGCUGGUCUUGGGGCACAAUUACCCAGAGAUAUAUUUAUUAACAGCCACCCUGUGCAACCUGCUGGAGCUUUAUUUUUAAUUUAAUUUAUAUAGAGUACCUAUUAUUAUAUGCCACAAUAGAGCUCUAUGGAAAUUGUGUGUCUUCUGUACAGUGUUCUCCUGUUUGGGCAUGAGGGUGGUCACUUUCUGUGGGCAGACCGUGGUGGGGAGUGGGGGUGGGGUGUAGCCAUGUCCGCUGCUACUGCUUUAGUAUGUCCUUGAGGAUCUGUGUCACCUCAUCUCAUAGUCCUAAUCCAUGUGGUCUUUGGGAGGAAAGUCAUUUGUCUCCUAUGUUCUGCCUGUGGGAGCAUGUAUAUGUGUAUAUGAAUGGUGGUGGGGGCAGCCAGGGAGGGAGGAAGAGUGGUGGCCACAUGAGGGUUUGGUGUGACUCACGUAUUUGCAGUGGUGGCUGUGGUUAGAUGAGGAUGUGGGGACAUCAGUUUUGAAUCAGCCACGAGAUUUUGAGGUUAACUGAAGAAACGGCCUUUGACACCGGCAGGGAGAUCACUCUGCCCCCAAGACAAGGAAUGCCUCAGAAAGGACAGAGGAGUUAAUGUAUUGUGAAAAAUUCAUUCGGAAUUUGCUGUCCACAGACAUUACAUUCAACUCAAAACAGAAAAGCCAGAAGCUUUGAAAGAAAGGAUAGCUAUAUUUAACUGCAUGAAAAUAGCAAAAUAAAACACAUUUAUUUGCUUCCCUUUAAGCAAAACUCGACAGCACUGUUUUUUUUUUUAAGCAAAACUCCUUGAAAUAUUUAUACCAGCUUCUUCAGUUUUUGUCCUCCAAUACUUUUCUGAAAUAUCCCCAAUCAUAUUUUUGCCCAACAAUUUCAGCCAAACUGCUGAAGUCGCUCAUUAUCUCCACAUUGUUAUAUCAACAGUUAAGUCUCAGACUUUAUCAGCAGCAUUUGACAUAGCUGAUCAUCUCUAUCUUGAAACAACCGUUUCUUCGCUUGGUUUCC